AAAAAAAAAAAAAAGGCAAUCGGCAUCGUGAGAAAGUAAUUACGGAAAGAAUAAGGAAACAUGAGGUACUCGAGCAAGGAGAUCGAGACAAUGGUGGUGGGUGACGGUAUAAUGGAGGAGAGCAACGGCAAGCUGAAAAACGGCGGGGGCGUGAAGAGCGAGGGUGGCGCGCUUAUGGCCGAGGAGGGUCGGCCGGUCAGCAGCGAAAUCCUCAACCCCUUCGUACACCGGCUCGAGCUCGAGACCACGUACGACAAACUGAAGGCGAUUUUUCUAACGAUAUUCCUGUUGCCAGUCAGACUCAUGGCAAUCACGGCCCUUGUGAUAAUGGCAUGGCUUCUGGCAUGCGUAGGACUUCACGGACUGUCGGAAGAGGAUUUGAGAAAGGCACCCCUUAAAGGCUGGAGGCGGAAGUUGCGAGUGGUUACCUGCUGGGUGAUGAGGGCUUUCUUCGUCUGCGGAGGCUUUCACUAUCUGAGGGUGAAGGGUCGCCAAGCUAGCUUCAAGGAGGCACCCAUACUGGCACUCGCGCCACACUCAACUUUCUUCGAUGCUCUUCCUGUUACUUAUCUCGGCGGUCCGAGUAUCGUCGCCAAGGCGGAGACCAGUCAGCUUCCGUUCUUUGGGAAACUGAUAAACUACACGCAGCCAGUGUACGUAUGGCGGGACGACCCAAACUCCCGGCAAAACACCGUCAAGGAGAUAAUCGAACGCGCCACUUCCAAGGAGGACUGGCCUCAGGUGAUGAUAUUCCCGGAGGGCACUUGCACGAAUCGUUCGUGCCUGAUCACCUUCAAGUCCGGAGCCUUUUAUCCGGGCGUGCCUGUACAGCCUGUGUGCAUCAGGUAUCCCAAUAAACUUGACACCGUCACCUGGACCUGGGAAGGACCUGGAGUCUGCAGCUCGAACGCAAGUAACACGCUAACUGCUCUGGAACUGCGAAAGGCCCUGCGACUCUCGCUCUGCUUGAGCGAAGACGAAUCGGACCGGAUUUUCCAGCAGCUGCAACGCGAGUACAAUUGCAACGCCGUAGAUCACGAAAUGGUACUGGCAGCGCUAAGCGGUCGGCCUGAGCUGCAGCACCUGUUCGUCGCAUCGGAGGCGAAGCGGAAAAAAACCAUUUGAGAGCGUCUCUUCGCCAAGACCCCGAGCACCCCGGUCGCGGCGACCAUGUCCAGCCUGCGACAUCAUCGUCACUUCGACUCACACAGCAAGCCUCUGGUGCACGAGGCGUCCUCCGGCUUCACUGAGCUUGUCUAAGUGUUUUCACCAUAGUUUGUACGUUUGUCUAUAUGAUCGUUUGAUACCCUUUUUUCUUUUUUUUUUUCUUUUUUUUUUUUUUUCAUCGCGGACUAUUGGAGAUAAUUAUCAUCUGCACACGCGCGUACAACUGACCGACAGGCGUGUCCGCGUGUAGAGAGAAAUCGAAUCGUUGCACCGAUGUUUGUUCGUCAAAAUUAAUCAUCAUCCAGCAUAGAUGAUUAUUCUUUAUUUUUAUUUUUUUAUUUUUUUAUUAUCAUUUUCCAUGAAAUAAUAAAAAAACUUGCGUAUGCGUGAAAGCGAAGGGGGUACACAUUACAUGGCCGAUAAUUAUGUUUUUUUCCGUAAAAUGAUUAAGAACGUGAAAAUUAAAAAGUUAAAACAAAAAAUAAAAUCAAGCGAGUCUUUCAAAAGAGGCUGAUUGUAAUAAUACACGUAUAUAGGGAUAAGUGUAUAGCUGCACGCGAGCUAAGUAUAUAAUAUAUAUUAUAAGCUCGACGGUAUGUGUAUAGGAUAUACAGAUAUGUAAAUGAGCCGGUACAUAUUAUACGGCCGCGGUGUUUUCUCGGGAGAAAGUCUUCUCUAUUCUCUUUACUCCGGCGACGGUGACAUUCGAAUGCGGCGUAUAUGUCCGCAUUGGCACGCUCGCGUGUCCUAUCUCAUUUUUUCCUUAUUUUUCUUCAAAUCAUCCUUCGCGGUCUUUUUAAAUCUGAAAGUAAUUUUAACUCCAGGGAACUGAAUAACACAUUUUGGGGGAGCUAGUUCGUAGAGUCAUUUGGAACUUUUUAAAAAUGAAAUCUCAGCUAUUUUAUGUUUGGGGAAAAAAAAAAAAAAAACAGUACCAAAUUUUAUUUUAUUUUUUUUUUCCUCCACGCGUGUGUUAUCAAUUCAUAGAGUAGUGAAAGAAAUUAAGUUGUUGGAAUUUUUUUAUGUAAAAGUAAUAGCCCUCGAAAAUUUUUACAACACGUCAAUUGUAAGCGGUGGGCGGCCUACAUUUUUUUUUCUUCAACGUUUGCUUGGCGAACAUUUGUGUAGAAAACAAGGGUUGAUAUAUCCCUCGGUAAGUGGAGCUCGGUUUUUCACAAUCGUGUACAUAGUAAGUGGGUACAAGAGCACUUUCAUUAAAGAAACUCUUGUUGGGAGUCACUCAAAAAUUUUUACGCACGCCUUGGGAACAGGGAUUUUCACACGAAUCCAAUAUGGAAAAAUGUACCAGCGCUAAAUAUUUUCAAAAAGUGACAUUUUUUUGGCCUUUUAUUCGCGUGGAUUCCAUCAAACAUUUUCAAUUUGGCGCUGAUGAAAGUUUUUGAACAAAAUGAAUUUUUUUGUUUAAAAAAUUACAAACAUUUUAAAGAAUUUUUUAAUUUUUCCAAAAAACUUUAAAUAUGCUGAAUUUCUCUUCGUAAUAGGGCAAAAUUCAACUUAAGUUUGUUGAACGUCCUUUACUUUAUAUUUAGAAUAUUUCUGGCAUUUCUAAAAGUAUACGGAAGAUAAUAAUCAUCAUCCCAAAAAUGUGUUUCAAACAUUUUUUUUUGUGAAAUUACUCGUACGCAUACAUGUUGAGACACAUAUUAUUGGUUAAUCUCUUAAUGAAAAAAUCUCGAAAAGUAGAAAUAAGAUUAAGAAAAGAUGGCUUGUUUAUUUUAAACGCAGUUUAAAAAUGCGUUGUUAACUAGACCGCACGUAUAUGUUUAAUGUGAAAGACGAACAUGGUUGAUUUUCGAUGUAGAACAAAUUUGUUCAGAUUGAGCGUUGCUAAGAAUUUAUAUAAGUUGUAUAUAAGUUUUUAAAAAGUAGCUACAUGUUAUUUGUUAUUUAUAUGCUUAAGGAUGAUAAUCGUAAUUGUUAUUAAAUGUAGUUAAUUUUGCGUUUUCAAAGUUUUACAACGGAUGUCUACAAUCCCAAAAAAUAAUUAUAGUACACUAUACUACAUCACCUGUAAAACUUUUGUUUUUUCAUUGAAAAAAAGUGAACUGCAAGUGGAUAAUUACUUUUAUCAAUAUAAUAUUCGUGUGUCCCAUAUUUUUCGCUUCAAGUCUGAAAGUUACUGUCAAUCACAUAAUGUGUACAUCCUCCCUGUAUUCAUUAAAUUUUCUAAAGACACUAGAUGUGAAUGUAUAGGGUUUAUAAAAACUGUAGCAAAUAGUUAUCAAACAAACAAGUAAUCAACAAAAUAGAAUAGAAAAAUACGCGAUUUUAGAUUGAGGAUUAUACAUACAAUGAUAAUGAACGUAAGAGUCAUUCAUCGAUUACUAAUACGAUAAAAGUCUACAGUAUUUCCUACUAAAAGGGAUGGAACGUUCCCUUUGCAGUGCAUCAUAAACGACAUAGUAUAAAUAUAUAUAUGUGUUACAUUGUUUAAGAAAAUUAAAAAAAAAUGAUUAAUGUAGUCACUGGUUGAAAAAAAACGCAGUGUCCUAUCGACCUAAAUAAAAUAGGAUGUGAAAAGAGAGGUGGUAACAAUUUUAUUGUUAAUCGAAAAGUGCGAAAAAUCGUAAACUAAGACGGAAGAGCUUCUUUAUUUUAGAGCCUUUUUUUGAGAUGGCUUACGAUUAUUUGGCAACGUUUGUCGUUUGUAACAAUUUACGCGCAAGAUGCGAAAUAGACAUAAAUGCAAAAAUAACCAAGUACAGAGGUACUCGUGAUUUUUCGAGCAUCUCGAAACAUAAAAAUGUUCCGUUUCUUUGUACAUCGUAAUAAUUUUUAUCUGGUUAAAUGAGAAGCGAUAGUUAUUUGAAAGGUGGGCAGUUGUUAUUGAGAGAUAAAAUUAUUUAUUAUUCGUUAAUUGAAAUAAUUUAUUGUCCAACGAUUAAGCGAGAGAUGC